AUAUGGGUUGGCGUUCAUUGUACGCGACCAGAGUUUAUAAAUAGAAUUGAAGAUCCGAAGACGCUCACUAUAAACAAUUGUCCAGCAGCCGCCGCCGCUUCCGUCGAUAGUGCGUGCGACCUAUUUGAACUGAACUGUGUGAUGUGCUUUAUGGCAUGACGUGGAAAUGCGUUUACUAGUGCUUGGAUUGCUGGCAACUUGCGCCUUGGCCGCCGGUUUAGCCGAGGAUUUAGAGUACGAGAAGCCAACCGUGCUGUUAACGUUACUUGUGCGCAACAAGGCGCACAUAUUACCGCUAUUCCUCAGUUAUGUGGAGAAACUGGAUUAUCCUAAGAAACGCAUAGCCAUUUGGUUGCGCUGUGAUCACAGCAGCGAUGACAGCAGUCAAUUGUUGCAGCAAUGGCUUCGCAAGUCUGGCGAUCUUUAUCACAGCAUCAACUACGGCUUCGAUGAUGAUGAUGCCACGUCGAGUUAUGAGAAUGAAACCUCCAUUUAUGAUUGGCCGGUGUCGCGUUUCAAGCAUGUGAUUGCACUGAAAGAGCAAGCGUUGCAAUAUGCACGCGAUAUUUGGGCCGAUUACAUAUUCUUUUUGGACGCCGAUGUGCUUCUAACAUCGCCACAGGCACUGACAGCGUUAACUCGUCUCCAGUUGCCGAUUGUGGCGCCCAUGUUGCACUCGGAGGGACUCUACUCGAAUUUCUGGUGCGGCAUGACGGAGGAUUAUUACUAUCAACGCACCGAUGAGUACAAGGAGAUCUACCACAGUCGCAAAGUUGGUGUCUAUGAGGUGCCAGUGGUGCACACAGCUGUGCUCAUCGAUAUGAACUAUGCUGGAGCACGUUAUCUCACCUUUGAUCGCGAGAAACUGCAGCAAAUGCAGCAAGAGUCCGAACAGCAGCCGGUUUAUAAUGGACCCGUCGAUGACAUCAUUGUGUUUGCCAUCUCAGCAAAUACUUCAGGCGUCCCAUUGCGUGUGUCCAAUGAAAUCGCAUUUGGCUAUUUAAUGCAACCACUGGAAACCACAGAUUCGCUGGAACACGAUCUGCAGCAGGUGAUAAACUUGCGUGCCAAUAUGGUGCAUGAUUUGGGCGCUGUGCCGCCGCUACUCAAAUACUUUGAACGGCUUGUGGAAUUGCCAACAAAAUCGAAACUCAAUUUUGAUGAGAUUUUCAUGAUCAAUUUGCUGCGGCGCCCGGAGCGACGUGAGAAAAUGGAGCGUUUAUUCGAUGAAAUUGGUCUGGAUGUGCAGCACUUUGCUGCAGUGGAUGGCAAGGAAUUGGAUGCACAACGUGUGCAGCAGAUGGGCAUUAGUUUUCUCCCCGGCUACGAGGAUCCGUAUCAUCAUCGCCCCAUGACAAUGGGUGAAAUUGGUUGUUUUCUCAGCCAUUAUCGCAUUUGGCAGCAGAUUGUGCAGCGUCAGCUGAAGCAAGUACUCAUACUCGAGGAUGAUAUACGCUUCGAGCCGUACUUUAGAUCGAAUGUGCUGCGUGUACUCGAGCAGGCGGAGCAAACGCCGUACGAUCUCAUCUACUUGGGACGCAAGCGUUUGAAGGAUGAGAAUGAACCGUGGGUGGAGGGCACCGAUAAUCUGGUGCACGUUGGCUACUCCUAUUGGACACUGGCCUAUGUGAUUACGCUGCAGGGCGCCGAGAAGCUGUUGGCUGUCAAGCCACUGGAGAAACUCAUACCGGUCGAUGAGUUCUUGCCCAUCAUGUUUGAUCGGCAUCCGCAAAAAGAUUGGAGCGCAGCCUUUGAGCCGCGUGAUCUAAUUGCAUUCAGCGCUGCUCCUUUGCUGCUUUAUCCCACUCACUAUACGGGUGAAUCGGGCUAUAUUUCGGAUACGGAAGAUUCGAAGCAAGUGGAGACAACAGCGGCGGAUGCCGAUGAGCCGCAACCGAAGAGCGAUCGUCAGCAAAUCUUUGCCAAUGAGCCAAUGCUCGGCGAGAGCAGCAAUGUGAAUGCUGGGUUGCCUCAGUUGAACGCUGGCAAAAUCCACCAGGAGCUCUAAUUACUCUCUUUUUAAUAGACAUAUAUAUGUAUGUGCAAGCAAUUUUCCAUAUAAUGCCAAAUUUAUUAGACUAAGUGUAAGCGUAAAACUCGCUGCCAACAUGUGCCUUGUAACAAUUUAGUGUUAAGACAAACAGAAAUCUCCAAUGACCACCAAAAAUCAAACUUAUUAAACUAAUCAAACUACUUGACGAACAAUUAAAACUAAGAUACUUGAUAUUCUAAUUUUAAAAUUAAUAUACAAUUUAACCAAGAUCU